AUGGAACAUCCGUCCAAGAGACGGAGAAUAGAGCGACGGGCUGCUCGACCAUCGGAACAUUUACUAUCGACCGAUAGUAACAAACACAUUCGUGGACCGCACACGAUAUCUCAUCGCCCGCGAUUCCACGCCCCAGACUUGAUUCUCCCUCCAAGUAAUGUUGAUUCCGCCAAAGCGGAAGAUGGAGAUGGAGAUGGAGAAGUUCCCCACAAGCCAUUGGCCGUGGUCAAGCCCAAGCCCACAAGAUUAGAGCUUCGCCAGCUCGUGACACCCCCCGUCACAAACGCCAUCGACAAUAAUGCCGACUCCGGAAAGCAGACCCUCAAUAAUGUCGCUCAACCGGUACAAGGUCAAGACGGGCAACCUACUGUCAACAAUGUUGCUCAACCUAUCCAAAAUCAAGUUGUGCAACCAGCCGCGGGCAGCGUCGUUACACCGGCUACCAAUGUAGCCGGCGACGUUGCUCAACAAGCUGCCAAUACACUUCCGCCUACUAAUGGCAAUGUCCAGACUCCCGCAGCCGGUGCUAGUGUACAAACCCAGCCCGUUGGCGCAAACGCUCAGGUCCCGCCAGUGGGUACAAGCAAUGACGCUUCUCCGCCUGCUCAGCUUCCAGUCACUUCGGCCACAGCCCAGCAACCAAACGUACCUCCAGCUAGUCAGGUUGUGCCGGAGGUAUCGAAACCUGUAGACGAUGUGCCGGGGCAAGUAUCCCCUCUGCCCGCUAACGCAGCUGAAGCGGCAAGGAAACAGGCCUUAGCAGAGCAAGAAGCGAAGGCAAAAGAAGAGAAUCCAAAUGUACCAGGGUCUGGGGGACCCGCUCCUCCACCAGAGGCUUCUAUCUCGGCACAGAAAGGUACCAAUACAGCGUCGCCGCUCACCGGAAAUCGACCCCCCGUACCAGGUCCCGGCCUGAGCUCUCAAACUCCGCUGUCGGAACCUUCCACCCCACUGCCUCAGUCUCCUUCAUCGACAUCAUCUCUUGCAUCCUAUUUUCCCUCAUCCCAGCAAACUAUGAACGCGCCCUCUACUUCACCUGCUGCCACAGGAAGCCCAAGUUCCUCGUCGAACAACCUUUCUCCCUUGGCCAAUAGCAAUUCGACCAUGUCAGCUUCUACUUCUCCAAGCGCCACCACCUCCUCUUCUGCAUCAGCUUCACUGCUAUCAGCGAUGUCGGCGUCCUCGGCUUCCAUUGCCAGCAUGAAUGCUACAAGUACCUUCAACUCUUUGUCGAGCAUAUCAAGCACCACGCUAAGCAGUGGGACUCUCCUCUCAUCAUUUGUCACAUCACCCACACCUACCACAUUCGCAACAAGCACAUCCGCAUUCCAGAGCUCAGGACAAGACUCGCAAACGCCAUCGGCAUCUUCGGGGGCAUCAAGCACUGAUGUAGGUGGAUUGGUUGCUGGAGGCUCGCCAACACAAGGUGCUGCACCCGGAGCAACAACUAGUGCAGGAUCAGGUGCAGGUAGCGGCAGUGGGACACCUCCUACAAAGGUCCUCGUCGGAGGAAUAGUCGGUGGCUGUGCUGGCUUGAUCUUGAUCCUGGUAGCUAUACUUUUCCUUCUAAGAUGGCGGAAAGGUCAGGUUGGUAGGCGGAGAAGCAUUUCGCCUCCCGUACCUCAACUUGCAGGCGCAGGCAGUGCAGCUCUGGGCGGAGGAAUGACACAACGGUCAAGCACCAGAAGUAACGUCCCGAUAGCUGCUGCCGCCAUCCUGAAUCGUCUACGACCUGCGUCUUCCCAAACAGCAACAACCACCAGUACGGGCCCAAGUGAGAAAGGCUUUCAGAAGAUUUCGGGUAGGAAACUGCCUUCCGUCCUACACUCUGGCGGUGAUGGCUAUGGCGAAGCUUCCGCUGGUCAAGCCGGGUCUUCUGCGCCCCCUGCCAGGUCUAUUGCACCAGGCCAAAGCCCGUUCGCUGGCUUAGCUCCGGCUUUGCGCCCUCCUUCUCCUCAGCGCUCGUUGUCUGGUUCCUCAUUUUAUCGGGAUUCGCGUGGCUUCUAUGGCGGAGUUGUCCCUGCUGAGUCUGCGUCCGAGGACCGCACCGAUCCGUCUUCUUCACCGACUUCAUCCUCACCUACCUUCCCAGUUCCGCCUUCAUCAGGCGUUCCAUUUGCCGGUGCAGGACACCCACCUGGUACCUCCAGCCCAGGUGUGCUCAACAUCCGACCUGGACCUGCACGUCAGCCAGUCAUUCAGCAGGGAGGCAUCGUUCCAAUGCGAACGCCCUCUCGUCCUCAACCUUCUGGUCAGCGACCGGCCCCAUCCCCGAUUGCAGAGCACCCGAGAGACGCUAUAGGACGAAGUCAUCCUGAUCAAGAUGGCUCGCGCCAAUCUCGGUUUAGGGAAUCGACUACGCCCCCAUAA